AUGUCUGAUACCAGUGAAAAUUCAAAUGCUGAGAUUCCAGCUGAUACCUCAGAUGUCAAAGAUAAACCUAAGCCGAUAGUUAGGGCACCACAAUUUCCACCUCCUCCGGAAGGCAUAUCAAAAUCACAAUGGAAGAAGAUCUGCAGGAAGAAGCGUUUUGAAGAGACGAGGGCAGAAUAUGCACAAAUCCGCAAAGAGAAGAGAAAUCGUGCCAAAUUGGCACGUAGGGAAAAGCUCAAGGAAUAUACUGAUAGAGGCGAAGAAAUCCCUGAAGAAUUAAAGCGUCCACCAAAAGUUAAUUUGAAUCAAAGUGAUUCCGGCAUAUCUAUUAUUCUUGACUGUUCCUUCGAUGAUUUAAUGAACGAUCGCGAAAUUGUAAGUUUAUCUACACAAGUCACUAGAGCUUAUUCUAGCAACAAAAGAGAGAAUAAUUACGCCAAGAUUAAAGUGACAUCUUUCGAUAAGAGAUUAAAACAACGAUUCGAUAACGAUUUGAGCAACUCUAACUACACCAAGUGGAAAAAUUUCGAAUUUACUGCAGAUCCAACCUUGCCCACUGAGAAUGCCGUCUAUCUGACUGCUGAUACAGAAGAAAAACUGGAUACUUUAGAACCAGGGACCACUUAUAUCGUAGGUGGUAUAGUAGAUAAAAACAGACAUAAGAACCUAUGCUACAACAAGGCAAAGGAACUUAACAUCCCAACCAAGAGGCUUCCUAUCGGAGAAUUUAUCAAUCUUGCUGGAAGGAAAGUGUUGACUACCAGCCAUAUGGUCCAACUAAUGUUGAGAUACUUCGACAACAAGGACUGGAAGGAAGCAUUCGAAAGCGUGCUUCCACCUAGGAAACUCGAAGUCGACUCUACAAAAGAAGACUCUGAAACUGCUUCUGCUGAAUAG